GUAGAACGGAGAAACAACAUUGAAACGGACUAACAAUUCCAACAAAUAAUAGUUUGUCAGUGUGCCGUCAGCAAACAACUGUUUGUUUUGUUUCCGAUGAGUUGAUUUUAAUAACACGAUUAAAAUUAGUUUAUUUAUUUCUGUGUAUGUGUUCUAGUCUACUUAAUUAAAAUGACUUUGGAAGUAUCUAAUUGCUGCGGAUUCAGUUUGAAGAAUGGGACCAUCAUAAUUGGGGUUCUUCAAAGUGUCGUAGCCUUCAUGUUUUUGGUACUCAGCUCAGCGUAUGCUGAAAAUCCACAUGAACUCUUGGAUAUGUCGGAUCCAUCCAUAGUUCCUGACUUGACAGUUCUCAGAAGUAUUCUGAUUGUUAUAGCUAUAGGGAGUGCCCUUCAGUGUCUAUUUUCUAUUAUGAUUAUAUUUGGAGCAGUAACAAAUCAUCCAACUCUUUUGCUACCUUGGCUGAUUUUAAAUCCUAUCGCACUCAUAGUUUACUUGAUUGGCACCUUUAUUGCAAUCAUACAUCACACUGGACUCAACAAUACGCCAUUUAUUGUUGGACACUUAGUUGUUGGACUCGCUGUAACUUUGAUCGUUUGCUACAAGGUUCUGGUGGUACAUAAUUUUUUCAGACACCUGAAGAGUUUGAACUUUUAAUGUACUAAUUAUGUACUGUUGUACUUGAUUUUAAGGAUGCAGCCUAAUCUAAACUUAAUUUAAUUUUAGUAAAUACGUUAUAAUUAAUUUACUAUCUAACCUUUGUUACCUAUUUGAUAUUAUUACUUAGUGUUUGUUUCACUCCAAAGAAUUACUUGACAAGUGUUUUAAAACUAUGUAGACCCUCCUCAUCUUUACAUAUAUCAUAAAAAUUAAUAUGUAAAUCAUUUCUAGGUGCUGAACCAUACGUUGAAAAGGUCCGUUUAUGUAGCAUAAUUUUAUACAUAUAUUUAAUAGAUAAUGUAUUAUUGUUACAUUAAAAUGAAGUAUUAAUAUAUUUUA